AUGUCUUCGUCUCCCAAGAACCAAAAACCUGAGAUUGAGCAGAUAUCUCAUUACUCCUCUGACGAUGAUCUGAUGUCAGUGGAUGAUGACAUCUUUAACGAAAAGCCCACGUUGACCCUCCCUGUCAUUAAAAACUAUUUCGCUACACGACUCACGACUUUGUUUGACUUGCCAGUUUACCAUCAAGACAAGAGAUGGUAUGAGCUCAUGAAUCCUAUUCCCGCCUUGAGAGAAAUGACAUUGAGAGAUUGGAAUUACUAUGGGUUGGGAUGGUUUGGCUGGGUCUUGGACGCCAUGGACUUUUUCUGCGUGUCUGUUGCUUUACCUGAAAUCGCAGUCAGUUUGAAUUCGACUGUGGCUGAUAUCACUUGGGGUGUCACUGUUGUUUUGAUGCUUAGGGCUAUUGGUGCUAUAUCUUUUGGAAUAGCCUC